AUGUCUUCCUACGACAAUAACAAUCCUAAUAAUUCUUAUCAUCAAUUUCCCUUUGCUCAAACCAACACAGCAACUGCUGGGGCUCCUGCAACAGUUCAAGCUCAUGCUUUAAAAGAUGUCAACACUGGAGCCGACCAACCAAGAGUUUAUGCAUCACCAUCAGUUCAAAUUCCUUCAUAUUAUCCUGCCAAUGGUCAAUAUGGAUUUAAUCAAGCCAUGGUUUACGCCGCUCCUCAAGUUAGCGGUAACACUUACGCUGCCCAACAACAACAAAUACAACAAGUCCAACAACAACAACAACAACAGCAACCUCAACAACAACAUCAACAACAACAACAAGCACAACAACAAAACUAUUAUGACCCCAAUAGUAACAAUUAUUAUAUAAUACCUCCAGGUAAUCCAAAUCCAAAUAAUCCAAAUAAUCAAAUUGGGGCUACUAAUAACUUAGGUCAAGUCAAUUAUUAUAGUACUGGAUAUGGUCAAUAUCAUCCUCCACCACAAAUGCAAGUUGCUCCAGGACUUCCUCCAAAACAGCAACAAUCUCAAAGUACUGGUAGCAUACCAACUGUUAGUAGUACUAGUCAACAACAUCAACAAGUCCAACAACAAGCCCAACAACAGCCACAACAAUCACAACAACAACUGCAACAAGUUAGUGUUUCCACUGCCAAUCCUCCUCAAUCAAUUACCAAUAAUGUCAUAUUUCCAAACUUUUGUGAACGUUUACAACAGUUGUUACCUCCACCACCAUUGUCAAGAGCAGAUCCAAGACCUGAACUUGGUCUUAGUCUUUCCAAUAAAAGAGCCAAGAGAAAGUCUAAGUUUUCAAAACAACAAGAUGAUUUAAUUGUUUCACUUAAAAAGAAGGGCAAAUCAUGGGUUGAAAUUGCAGAAAUUUCUCAAGUUGGAUCUUACUUGGCUGCUAGAAAUAGAUAUCAAGUUAUUGUGGGUCAACAAGGAAAUAAUAAUUCUUCAAGUUGGGAUAAUGAAGAUAAAGAACAUUUACAAAGAAUUUUAGAUGCUGGAGAAAUAGAAAAAUGGAGAUUUAUAAGUACAGAAUUAAAUAAAGCAACCAGCAAGAAUUUUACCGAUGUUGAAUGUCGUGAAAUUGUUAGAAUGUUAUUCUGGGCAAAUCCAGGACAAUUUUCUGUUAAUGAAGAUACUAUUAAUGAAUGCAUUAAAGAAAAGAAAUUAGCCGAAAAAUCAGUUGAGCAACGUGAACAACAUGGAAAGAAAAAAUCAGAAGGUGGUGAUAGUAGUUCAGGUAGUUCAUCAUCAUCUAAAAAGAGAAAGUCAUCAAGUGGAUCUGAAAUUAAAAAAGAAGAAAGUAAUAAUGCUAAUAGUAUUAUAGCUACUACUAGUAUUAAUUCAAUUUCAAAUCAAAUCAAUCCUGCACCAGCAACUUCAAAUGUUUAUUACAGUACUCAACCACAAUUAUCCCAUGGUGCAUAUCAAAGAUAUAGUGUAACGCCAAACACAAACAUUAAUAAUAAUGCCAAUCCAGCAGCCAAUCAAUAUAGUUAUCCAAAACACUUUUAUUAA